AUGACGAUCGGAUCGUAUCAUGUUCUCCCUUCGAGUUUUAUUGGAAGUCCAAGAGCCAUGAAGAAAGCGUACCAAGAUGCGAUGGCAAUCAGUGGCAAAUUCGGCAAACCGGUAUUUUUCCUGACGUUCACAAAAAACCCAAAGUGGAAAGAAAUUGUGGCCAACAUUCCGACCCAUCUAUCGGCAUCCGAUCGACCCGAUAUUGUUGCCAGAGUCUUUAACCAAAAGAAAAAUAAAUUGGUUAACGACAUCGAAAAGCGCCAGGUUCUGGGAUUUGCCACCGCUCGAAUUCACGUCAUUGAAUUUCAAAAGCGCGGCCUACCACACUGUCACAUGCUCAUCUGGAUCUACAAGCGCGACGCCCCUGCAACGGAAAAAGACGUGGACGAAACCAUCUGUGCUGAAAUACCGGACAAGACAACCCAUUUAAGACUCUACAACAUCGUCAUGGCCCACAUGAUCCGCGAACCGCGUGGAUCGACCAACAAACAGUCCCCUUGCAUAGAUGGCAACAUCUGCACGAAACGUUUUCCAAAGAAAUUUAUGGCCGAAACGAUUGUAAACGACAAUGGUUACCCAACGUAUCGAAGGAGAAAUACAGGCAUCGUGCAUCGCUUGAAAAGAGGACACACACAUUUCGAAGUGGAUAACAGGUGGGUCGUUCCAUACAACCCCUAG